UCCUCUCUCUUCCAUCCAUCCAUCCAGCUUCACCAUUUCCAGAGAUCCUGGCCAUCUGACGAACACCUGAUCGCACAGCGGUUCGUGAGUGAUCGGCUGAUCGGAGCACUGCCCUGAAUCCAAUGCUGCUGUGUCUUUGAGCCUCUUUCUUCCCGCGCCUCCCUUUCUUCCUCUUUUCCUUUCUUCCCUCCUUUCAUCUCUCUCCUCGCCGUCUCUCUCACGCCCUGUACUCUCUUCUCCCUUUCUCUCCCUGUUCUUAUCCCCACCCCGAUUGCUCCUUCUUGCUUUUCUCUGUAUUGUAUUUCUUUGUUACCCCCUCUCCUCCCCGACUUCAUCCCGAGUUGCCCGCUGGAUCAUGCAAAUCCAGCUUUCCGGGUACCCCGCCUUAGCCUCUACCCCGCCAUGAGCUCCUCCCUCGAGGCUAAGAUCGUUGUCCUCGGCGCCCAAGGCGUAGGCAAAACCUCCCUCGUCGACCGCUACGUCAAGAAUGACUUCAACCCCUCCGCUACCGCCUCCACCGUGGGCGCCUCCUUCGUGACCAAACGCGUCCUCGACAGCGCCUCCGACACUAUUGUCCGACUUCAGAUCUGGGACACCGCCGGCCAAGAACGUUUUCGCAGCAUCUCUCGCCUCUACUACCGCGGCGCGAACGCCUGCCUCCUCUGCUACGAUAUCACCGAUGAGCAAAGUUUCCAAGAAAUGACUGGCUGGCUGGCGGAAUUGAAGAAGAAUCUCGGCGAAGACGACCCUAUUGUGGUUCACGUCGUGGGCACCAAAACCGAUAUUGUUACCAUCGACCCCUCCCGCAGAAAAGUCCCUUUCGAACGUACUAUCGCCUACGUCGCUGAGCAGCUCUACCCGACGCAGGCGUCCACGCCGCCCGCGACGGCCGGGAUGGGAGGACACUCAUCCAGUACGCUCACAGGCAUCGAUAGCAAGCGCAGCAGCGCGUUUUGGGGGCAAGAUAUCGGGUGGGACUGUUGUCAUGAGAUCAGCGCCAAGGACGGCGAGGGCAUUGAGGAGGUGUUUCGCGUCAUUACGCGGAAGCUGGUCGAACAGCGCAAUAAGCGUGAAGCGGGAACGAGCUCGUCGCAACGGUCAUCGACAGUCUUCGAGGGGAUGACGUCUCUGACCCCUGGGAAUAUUGACGGGAAUGGAAGUUUCCGUCUGGGGUAUGGGGAUAAACGUCGCAGUUGGCUGGGGUUUCCGCCUAGCAGCGUGGGUGACGAUAUCGAAGAUAUUGUGGAGGGACCAAAGCGAAAGGGAGGACAGUGUUGUUGACGGUGCACAUGUUCCAUUUUCUUCUCUUGGACUAUGUGCUCCAUUUGAUCUUAUGAUGAUGACUAACUGCAUUGUGAAGCUUGGUGGCGUUUUGUCUUAUUUGUCUUUUUGGAUGAUGAUGAUGCAUGUCAUGACUCUCCUUUUGUUGGUUAUUUCCCAUUUACAUGGUUUGUGUUUUGGAUAUUACAGCGUGUUGAGCAUUGCUUGGUUGAUUCUGGAUGGCAAAAGGUGCAGGCACCGUGGAUUUGUUUGGCGAGGUAUAGUAGAUGGAUUUUGCACGUAUCUGAUUGUUACUUUGAUUUGGGAGGUGUGAUAUUUGGAGGAUUGUGUGAUAGAUUGC